CUUCUCUUCUCUGGGCACAUAUCGAACGAAGUGAAGAGCGCCCUCUUGAGAUUAUCAUAAGCAAUGGGCCGUCUCUUUACGGCAUGAAUGAUUCAUCGUUCAACGAACUCCUAUGCAUUGCCGUCACAUGCGGAUACCGAUGGCGCAGUCUCGUUAUUCGACAAGCAAAUCCUGCCACCGUCGGAAACAUCUGGAGGAUGAGAUUCUCCUCUCUCGAAUGUAUCCAGAUCUUUGGGGUGAAAAUCCCUGAUAAAUCUCUAUUGCUGACGUCUCGAUGUGCUCCUUCUCUCAAAUACCUGACACUCUGGGAUCAAGGCAGUAUGGACCAACUUCCGGCGGUUUCCAAUCUCAACACCGGCCAGUUCCGCUGGUCACGCAGCGGCUCGGGACCCCAUCUAUUAUCAUCCCUGCUUCCUUGCCAGCAAUUGAGACGACUCGUUCUUUCCGGGCCUCAUGAGUCUUGUGACCAGUGGCCAGGUCCUCAAAGCAUUCAUUUACCGGCCCUCGUAUCUUUAACAAUCGAACUCAUAUAUCCGCAGCCGGCGUUGGCAGCCAUGGUAGUUCCCAACCUUCAUUAUCUCUGGUGCUCCCUCCCACGUGGUAACCAUGGCUGGGCACACGUCUUUGGGGGCUUUUCCAACGUGUCUACAAAUGUUCGGCAUCUUCGCCUCAAUCAUUCAGGUGGAUCAACCAAAGCGGAUGCCAGGGCCGUAUACGAGGCAUGCCCUGAUGUAUAUCAAGUAGAACUAUCCGCCGAUGACAUCCCUGCCUUUUUUCGCGGGAAUACUCCGGCUGACCGUUGGCCACACCUCGAACACUUAACUCUGGAGGGCAUGGAGGUUGGAAAGAUACCUCGUGAUCUUAAAGAGUGGUUCGACGGAAGAAAAUCAAGGGAACAACCUCCAUUACCGCUGACACUCUCCGAGUUUCGUGAGACUGAGGGGGCGCCUAAUGGUUGGUUGACCUCCCUGUGCAAAUCGCUGCGUGGUCAUUGCCUGUUGGAACUGAAGAACUUUCCACUGAAAACCACCCUGAGGAUGCUCACAAGGGGAUGUACUGGACUCAUACGGAAGCUGUGAUUCCGUAAGAAUCUUCAUUAAUGAGCGUCUCGAAGGAUGAGUAGUGAUGUUUUCUUUUUCCCAUUGACGGCCCUUUGUGCAAUCCUAGCAAUGUACCGUACUUGCACAUGACCAUGAUGGUUGGGAUACCAGACCGUGAAGUAUGCCCGUCAACCGUGUUGAUUACGUAGGAAACUGUCCACAAUGUGUUUGCUCCUCUUUCGAUGAUGAUAUUCAG